GGUCCGCGGGAGCGCGCUCCUCCCCGCCCGCCCCACAUGCCCUGACUGCGCCUGCCGCCGCGCCCCGGGCGCCAGACCGCGCGGCCGCCAUGGGGAAUGGGAUGAACAAGAUCCUGCCUGGCCUGUAUAUUGGCAACUUCAAAGAUGCCAGAGAUGCAGAGCAAUUGAGCAAGAACAAGGUGACGCACAUUCUGUCUGUGCACGACAGCGCCAGGCCGAUGCUGGAGGGGGUUAAAUACCUGUGCAUUCCAGCAGCGGAUUCACCAUCUCAAAACCUGACGCGACAUUUCAAAGAAAGUAUCAGAUUCAUCCAUGAGUGCCGCCUCCAGGGCGAGGGCUGCCUGGUUCACUGCCUGGCGGGCGUCUCCAGGAGCGUGACCCUGGUGGUCGCCUAUAUCAUGACGGUCACCGACUUCGGCUGGGAGGACGCCCUGCACACUGUGCGCGCAGGCAGGUCGUGUGCGAACCCCAACCUGGGCUUCCAGAGGCAGCUGCAGGAGUUUGAGGAGCUCCAGGUCCACCAGUUCCGCCAGUGGCUGCGGGAGGAGUAUGGAGAAAGCCCGCUGCGGGACGCCGAGGAGGCCAGGAGCAUUCUGGCCGCCCCAGGCAUUCUGAAGUCCUGGUCCUUUCUCAGAAGACCAUAAUGCACCUGAAACAAUGCCAGGGUUUAGGUGCUGCCAGAAGAAAAGCAACCAGAGUUCAGUUUAAGUGUCCAGACCUGAUGUGUGAACGUGCACUUGUGUUGCUCCACGUUGAGAGCUAUGUACCCUCUUUGACAAGAGAACAAUUUUCACUUAAUUCCUUCUUUGCUGGAAGCUGUGCUGCCCCCAGGCUGUCUCAGGGCCCUGCCGGGCGCACCCUGCUCCUAGGGACUGUCUCCCGGGCUGUGUUUCAUCCGGGGUGUGUGGCCCUCGCCAUAUGCACAAGUGCAUGUUGAUAAAGGGCUUGUGAGGCCCCAUGCACCUCCCCGUCCUCAGCCUGGGCGUGGGGCCCACAUGCUCCUGCUAUGAACACCACGAGGCGGGUUUGGGGGCUGCUCUGCUGUAUUUUAAGGCCACUGCCCUCCUCCAGAAGGAGGUGUACUGACAACAGGAGACGAGAACUCCCCCGAGACAGUGGGUGCCCUGUGAGCAGAGGGAAAUCAGAGAGGGGGUGCGCCGGGCUCCCCAGGGACUUCUCCUCGUUCCAAGCUCGGCUUCGAUCCAAGAAUGUUAACUGGUGUGGACAGCAGUUUAAGACAGUUUCCCAGUGUUUUCUCAUCUAACUCGUGUGGGUGGUGGGGCGUAGGGGUUGGGUGAGGGAGGAAGGAAAUGUGAUUUUUGCUUAAAGGAGAGGUUUGGCUAAACGGAGGGGGUCGAGGGCUCGUUGGCUGUGGGAGGCUUGGCCAGUGUCCUGAGUGUCCAAUGCUGGCACGCUCCUGCCACGGGCUCAGAGAGCACCCUGUGCCAGAGCAGGCCUGAAGGGUGUGGGAUGAUGGGUGUUAAAAUACUAAUUCUGACUCGACAGGCCUGCCUGGGGAAUGCACAAGUAGUCCAUGUGUAGGUGCUGGGUCUCAAGGCCUGAGGGUCCCCCAGGAACCACCUGUGGGGAAGUGCAGGGGCAGAGCCUCGGAAGACCCAGGCUGAGCACAGUGCGUGAGGAAGCAGCACCAGGGAAACAGGCUCCUGUUGGGACCCCACUGUUCGUGGCACCAACGGCAGCCACCUGGUAACCGGUGCUCCGCAGGCCGCACACUGCCCCCGCGAAACUUGUAAACCACAGACCAGGUAUUUCAUUCACUGGAGGCUCAGAGAGGCCAAGGGACACACCAGAAACUACGGAUGUUAGUGUGCUUUGCUUGAACCUGGUCUUCUAGUCCCAAGUCAGUGUCAGGGUGAGAGGGAAGAGGGAGCAGUGCCCCGACCUUUGGUCUCAGGCUUGUGAGGCUGACCCAGGCCCCGCGGGAGCUGGCUCCACCGCUGUGUACACUGUCCAAGCGCAGCUUCCCACCUGCUCCCCCAGCCUUUUGGGGGUGGUCCGGGGCAUGGUGGGUGGUAGUCAGUUCCUGUCCUCACCGAAAGCUCACAGACAUUUCCAUUGGGAUAGUGUUGACCACACUUAGAUGUUAGAGGUAGAGGCCUUUCCCCAUUGAAGCCCAGACGGGUGUUUAGUUUACAUGGACGGGGACGGUGACCCACCUGUCUGAAGGUGGAGCGGGCCGUGGCCCUGGCAACUUCCUUAGGCUCCCUUUUCUAUGAUUUCCUCCAAACACAGGUCUGUCCAGCCUGGUCUCGGAAUCGUGGCCAAUGGUGGAGGAGACCUGCGCUGCUUCUCUCUGUUCGAUCACUUGCUGGCUCGCUUGAGAUCCCAGCAGGCGCUCUGGGACCCAGGCAGGAUGCACAGACCCACCCUGAGUCUCAGAAACGCUGGUUGGUGGUGUUGACAGUUGGGAAGUCAGCCAUGAGCACUAGUGUGGGUGCUCCUGGGUCUACGUUUGGGGAGGAAACAGGCCAUCCCAGUGCGGGGGGAGGGCCGUGUCCUGGGAAGGCGUCCCAGAGACAGAGGCUGAAGCCGAGUGCGGGAGUUGCUGCAUGCGGGGAGGGGAGUCUGGCAGGGCCGGCACGUGUGCAGGAGCGAGGGCACAGCCACUGUGUGCCCAGGGCGAGCGUGGCGUGCACGGCAGGGAGGGGCAGACAGCUGCAGAAGCAGGCCCGGGCUCUCCAUCUGCUCGGUGCUGCCGUACAACGACUGGUUGGUUCAACCAGCCCGGGAGCUGGGGGGCUGGUGGAGCCUGGCAAGCGUGUGGACACCAUCCUGCGGACGUGGCGAGGAGCUUGCCAGGCGUUCUGGGUGAGCAGGCACUGUGAUGGGUGUGGGGGAGGGUAGACGGGCCACGGUGGGGGCCGUGCAGGGGGCCACCAUCAUGGCUGUCCAGGUGAUCGUCACAGCCCAGGACAUGGCUGUGUGUGGAGAUGAACAGGCCCAAGGGAGCGAGGGGGCUUGGGGAGGCUGGAGGUGGGCAGCUGCUCCACGGCUGGGCCCCCAGGGCUUGCUCCCUGGCGCUGGCUCCCUGGGCCGGCCUCUUGCAGUAGUGGGCUCUACCUUGUCAGAGGACAGACUGAACGGGCCUGCCAGUCUGAGGGGUCGGCGGGGCUGCCUCCGCUGGGACCCAGCUUUGCAGCAGAGGUGCUCAGGUCUGUCCACGAACCCAGAACUAACUCCCAGGAGCUAGACUUGUGAUGAUUAACAUCCAAUUUAGAUAUCUAAUUUGUUAAUUUAUUGUGAAAGAGAAAAUACUAGGUUAAUAAAGACUAAUUUGACCCCUAACCAGGUUGUCUUUCAUUACCGGAUUUGGGGAGCCAAUGUGCUGUGCACCUUAACUGACACGAUGUUCUAAGUCAGAUAUGUCUCAAUAAAGCUGAGAAAAAGUAAAGCAUCUUGUGAGCUGGUCCUGAGGCAUCACCCUGCCCUCCUGACGUGGGGCUGAGGUCUGGGUGCGGGGGUGGUGGUCCUGACAGAUGCUGUGCUGUAGCACCCUGGAGCAUCUGCCCAGCCUCCACCACGGAGGGCUCUGUCUGGCCCCUGGCAGCCACCCCGGUGUGCGCCCUCCGCCCACACUGGCUCUCAGGGUGCCUUUGUUAGCCUUUGUUAAUCAGGCUUCUCCCUGGCAACGGUUCCUGCAGGACUUUAUUAUUUAUGGAGUGCUGGCUCCCCAGGUCUGUCCCAGCAGGGACUCCCACUUCCAACUUGUGGGGCUGCUCCUAUGGCUGCUGCUUCGAGACAGCCUGUGAAUCCCAGUGUCUGUGCCCUGCCGUGUCGUGUUGUUAAAGUUCAGAGGACUCCUCAGCCCUCAGAGGGGUCACAUGUGCAAAGCCAAGGGGCAUGUCGAGCCCAGGUAGCUUGGGCAGCAAGUGGGGUUCAGAGCUGUUCACGACCUGCCACCCUGCACACCAGCGUCUAGUCUUGAAAACAAGGAAACAUUAAGACACAAAAUCCUGUGAUCCCACGUUAGGUGACCCCUCCCAUGCUGACACUGAGUUAUUAAUAAUUUUAUCAAGAAUGUGCUUUCAACAUGCCUGUAUUUAUAGAUGUGUUUAAUAAGAAAUCACCAAGACCUCGGAGGGAAGUUCCUCUUCCCUUUCCUUUUUAUUGCCCAGAGGAAAGGAGAAAAA